UUUCUGAAAAUACUCCUUAUAACUAAGUUUAGGUGUUAGACAAUACAGACUCAUGGCUACGGUCUUUAAUGUGCACCUGGAAUGUCUCUAAAUAGGAUCCAUUUGUCUUUAAAAAAGAUACCUUCGGCAUAACUUUGAGAGUUCUGGUAAUUUUCAGGUCACAUGACCAGGCAGGAAGCCAUUUUAAGACCCCAAAGACCAGGAUGAUGGAGCGCCCUGAGGGACAGCUCUCCGAUUCCUCAACACCAACAACUUCAACCUCAGAAGUCAUGAGCCACCAACAGCCCCAAAUUCCUGUUGACCAUGGUGCUGAAACUACUUGUGACGGCAGCGCACACACUGCCGGCGACCAGGGCACCCUGGCACCGAGCGACCACGGCGACCACGGCGACCACGGCGACCAGGGUGAGCACACCGCUGCCGACAGCAGCACCCAAACUCCUGCCAAAACUCGGAAAAACAUACCCAAGGGGAAAGGGAUGAAUAAAAGCCAGGAUGAACUUCCUUGUGAACUUGAGAACCAGUUUAUAUUGCGUCUGCCUCCGGAACAUGCUUCUACUGUCAGGAAAAUACUGCAUUCUGGAAGUGCUGACAUGAAGGAUAAACUGAAAAUUGAUUUAUCUGCUGAUAAGCGCCGUGCAGUUGUUGAGGUAGACAAUGUCUCUCUCUCUGCUAAGCUGGGUGAUCUGCCUUGUGUUAUUGGAAGCCUGAAAACACUUGAUAAAAAAACCUUUUAUAAAACAGCAGAUAUCUCCCAGAUGCUUGUAUGCACUGCUGCCAAACCUCACCAGUCUUCUCUGGAAGAACCAGUUACUUCUACUGCUCAUGAUGAUGAAAAGAAGAAAGAGAAAAGCUAUACCUGGAAGCAUGGCAUUACUCCACCACUUAAGAAUGUCAGAAAGAAAAGGUUCCGGAAAGUAACAAAAAAGGUUGCUGAUGUCAAGCAAGUCGAAGAAAUCAACUCUACUGAGGAAAAGAACAUUUCUACAGAAAACAAGGAGUUAAGUGACAGCCCUGUUAUCCCCCCUGAGGAUACUUCUCCUGAGUGCAUUGAAUCACCAGAAGUGGAAAAAGAAGUGAAGAGACUACUGUGCUCAGAUGCUGAAGCUGCCAGUGCUCGAUGGGAAGUCAUUGCUGAAGAUGAAACCAAGGAAAUUGAGAGUCAAGGCACCAUUCCAGGCUUUCCGAUAUACCCAGGAAUGAGUGGCUACAAGCAAGGUAAUAACUCAUCGGGUACCUUGGUUAAAGGCAAAGCAGGCGCUUCAGAUAGGAUAGGUGUUGAUA